AUGAGGCAGUCCUUGGACCCGUGUUCCGCCUACAUCAGCCUGAACGAGCCCUGGAGGAACACAGACUACCACGUGAACCAGUCGUCUGGCGUCCCCCUGUGUGACAGCCAUGUGUCUGGCAAGUGGUAUCGCUUCACUGGCAUGGCCGGUGAUGCCAUGCCCACCUUCUGCAUCUCAGAGAAUCACUGUGGCACCAACGCUCCCAUCUGGCUCAAAGGCAGCCACCCCCAGCUCCACCAGGGCAUCGUCACCCUGCCUGUGUGCGCCAGCUUCAACAACAACUGCUGCCAAUGGAACGCCAGCAUGGACUUGAAAGCCUGCAUGGGAGGCUACUUCAUCUACCGUCUGCCCAAACCUUUGGUCUGCUUCCACGUUUACUGCGGCCAUUUCUAUGAUAUCUGUGACAAGGCGGACUGCCCGGGUCCUCAAUGUCCCGAGUCCGAGUGUCACUGUGCACCUGGGACUGUUCUUGGACCGGACAAACAAACAUGCCUGGAUGUGGAUGAGUGUGAGAAGGCCAAUGGGGGAUGUGCGGAGGUCUGUGUGAACACCAAAGGCUCCAGACGAUGUGAGUGCGGGCCGGGCCGCGUGCUGGAUGACGAUGGACAUAACUGCAGAGAGAUAGCAGGUUGUCACGUUAACAAUGGAGGCUGCAGCCAUGGCUGUUCCACGCUGGUGGACUCCUAUCGGUGCCACUGUCCCAGAGGGCUGGAGCUGGGAGAGGACAAAUGCACUUGUCAGGUACCAGUCCAGUGUGAUUCCAGCUUGAUCACAGUAUCAGUACCAAAAGACCUAGUUGGAGGAUUAGAGCUCUUCCUGUCUAACUCAUCAUGCCGCGGCGUCUCCAACGGCACACACAUUAAUCUCAGCUUCAGCGUCAAAACCUGUGGCACAGUGGUGGAGGUUAGCGAUGACAAGAUUGUGGGAACCAACCUGGUGACAGGUCUUCCAAGGAGCAGUCCUGGCAGCAGCAUGGACAUGAUUGUCCGCACGAGCAAAUUAGUGCUCCCCAUCACCUGUGAGUUCCCCAGAGAAUACCAGGUGUCUGAUGGCUACCAGGCAAGCCUACGUAGCUCUGCCCUAGAGCUGGUGGGCCACAGUGAGGGGGUCUUUCCGUUCUUCCUGGAGCUUUUCAAGAAUGCAGAGUUCUCUGAGCCCUACCGCACCCCACCCCAACUCCGUCUGCACGACUCCCUGUUCUUUGGGGUGGAGCCCAAAGACAGAGUGGAAGGUCUCUCCACCCUGGUUGAGAGUUGUUUUGCUACACCAGGCCCCAAAGCUGACCAGCCCAUGAAGUAUUACCUCAUCAAAGACGGGUGUAUCUCUGAUGAGACAGUGACACUGGUCCCAUCAAAGGACCAGCUCUCUAAACGUUACCAAGUCCCAGUCUUCAGGUUCAUUGGCAAGGACAACCGGGAAGUUUUCCUCCACUGCCAAGUGUUAGUAUACAGUGCAGGAGACGCUUUUUGUUCUCAGCGCUGUCGAGGACGGGUUCGCAGACAGCUUUGGAGCAGUGAAUCUCAUGGGCGGCGUACACUGAGCGGAGGCCCCAUCUUCAUCCUGCCAUAGCUGCAACGCUAACAUAAAACCACCCAUAUGAAUUAGCAAAAUGUCUGAAAAACACCUUGGCUAUGAAGAAAA